GUUUGGAUCGGGAAUACAUGGAGGAUACGUGAUUAAACGAGAUCUCUAAAAAAUAUUUUCACAUGUCCGUGUAAUGUUUAAAUAUUGACUUAAAACAACAACAAUUAAAUAAUUCAUACCCUGCGUGCCCAUGAGAAGCUUAUGAGGUUUAAGGCUAUGUUAAUCACGGAGCCACCUAAAAUGUAGACGUUAUCAGUUUAUAAACUCAUUUGUUUGAAAUGUUUUGGACUUGUAAAUUAUUUAAAAACUAAAACUAUAGGUUCAAAAUAUGGAAUUGAAAUGUCGAACAUAAGGAAGAUGCAUUAUAGCCCAUGCAUGCGCAAAUGCAAAAUUGCACGAACACAUGCAUGAGUUUUGCGACUCAAGUCUGAAACUCCAGAUUCAGGAGUCGCUUAAUUAGUCCAGAGCCACGUGACUGCGGGGUCUUAACUCGCGCGCUGUCCUGGGGAUAGGUGGACUCUGAGUGCAUUAGCUCAGGUUAAUACGCAGAACACCACACAGGAAAAGUUUGCAUGCAAACUAUUCAUUAUUACUUACUUUUCAUAUCCGUCUCGCGCUCACCGUGAAGACUUUUUUUUUUUUCCUCCCCCACGACUUCGAUAGCAGAAGACUUUUUUUUGUUUUCUCAGAGUCGGGUGUCCCGUGAGUUCAUGAAGGCGGAAGGCGACACAGGGAACAGUAGCGGCGCAGGCGGUGGCGCGUGCUGCGUGAACCGGCUGCUGCGCGCGGUUGAGAGUGAGCUGCGCGCGGGCCGCGAGAAGGGAGACCCCACGGAGAAGCAGCUGCGCGUGAGCCUCGAGGACGCCGAGCUGUGGCGCAAGUUCCGCGAAGUCACCAACGAGAUGAUCGUCACCAAGAACGGCAGGAGGAUGUUCCCGGUACUGAAGGUGAGCGUGUCUGGUCUGGACCCCAACGCCAUGUACUCCUUCCUCCUGGACUUCAGCCCGGCUGAUGGUCACCGCUGGAAGUAUGUGAACGGCGAGUGGGUGCCUGCUGGGAAACCUGAACCCCACAGUCACAGCUGUGUGUACAUCCACCCCGACUCUCCGAACUUUGGUGCCCACUGGAUGAAGGCUCCGGUGUCCUUCAGUAAAGUCAAACUGACCAACAAACUCAAUGGAGGUGGACAGAUCAUGCUGAACUCUCUCCACAAGUACAAGCCACAGAUCCAUAUUGUCCGUGUGGGAGGAAGCCACAGGAUGGUGACCAACAUUUCCUUCACUGACACCCAGUUCAUCGCUGUAACAGCCUACCAGAAUGAGGAAAUAACUGCUCUGAAGAUAAAAUAUAAUCCCUUCGCCAAGGCCUUCCUGGAUGCGAAGGAAAGGAGCCACCCCAAGAACCUUCUAGAACCUCCUCCUGAGAACCAACAUGUGGGCAUACCACACUGUGGUUGGUAUAUUUCAAACCCAGACUCCUUUUGUUCUUCUGGGAGCAGUAACUUCCCCUACGCAGGUGGUUUGCCUUUGACCCCGCAUCAUGGCUACAAACACUACUCCAGUCUACAUGGACAUCGUGCCACGCCGUACCCACCUCCGUAUCUGCACCACCAUCACCACCACCACCACCGCGCGCACAAUUCAGUCUCUCUGUCUGAGGGUCUGAGUCCAGGUGCUCUGCAGGUGUUCUCAGGCCACGAGACAUGGACAGGUGUUUCAUCUCCUGGUCCUGCAGCGAUGCUGUCAGUGCCGUCUGGUACGAACUCACCUGGAGUCAGCAGUCAGUACCCCUGCCUGUGGACAGUGAGUGGCUGUGGCAUGCCCUCCACUCCUCCAGGAGGUGCUCUGAGCUCCGCCCAGUGUCAGGAGGAGAGGCCUGAUGCAGGCUCCACCUCACCGUGCUCACUCCUGCAAGGCCAAGGACCCACUAGUGCAGAUGUGUCAGAGCAAGCCAAUCAUAACAGGGUGGGAGGGGCUAGCUGGUCAGCAGGCUCCACCCAUUCAUUUUAAACAGGCUUAAUGGAAAAGAUAGUGCAACCCAGCACAAGUACAUGUGGUUGAUCACAUGACCUCUCACCAGUUUGGAGUUCCUAAUUGCCAAAACAUCAUGUGUGUAUUUGAACAAUACUGCUUAAUCAUUUCCUGUACAUUUCUGUUUUCUGAUGCACAGAAAGCUGUAGGAGCUCACCUUUACUGUGAUGAUGAGUAUCAAAGUUUUCAGUAAUUAAAUUCAAUCAAUUCAGAUGAAUUCAUUCAAGUCUGCAGACUUUCUACGUUCUUUUAAGAAACAGGGAGGAGUUUAGGAUCUUAGGUUCCUAUAGGGAAAAAGUAGUUUUCAAAACAAUUCCUGACUACACAGUUUAAAAAAAAAAAAAAAAAAAAAGUGUUUCUGUUCACAUGAAAAUGCAAAAAAUGUUUGAAAUGCAAAAAGAUUUGAAAAUGCUCAUAGGAGCAUGAAAGCCCUGUCAUGUAUGUCAUGAACUGUUAUGUCAAACGCCUAAACAAUAACGCUAAAAGCAUGAGCAUUGAAAGACAGAGAAGGUGAAAUACAGAAAAACACCAACAGGGCAAAAAAAAAAAAAAAAAAAAAAAAAGCAAAACAUUUUGACCUCACGUCCACACAAAAACAGUGAAAACAGCUUGGUUUUAGACACAAAACAGUUGUUGUGUAGUUGGGAGGCUAAAAUCUACACAAAGGCUUGAAAGAUUAUUAUUGCAAUGUAAAAUACGAGAGCCAAUCAGAUUUCAGUAUGCAAAUGCGGGAGAUUCCGCGUGUGUUGAAUUGGUGGUGUUUUAUGACUGAAGUUGCAUCAUGAAUCAUAAAAUGUGAUUUCUUCAUUCUAGCAAAAGUGAAAGUGCUGCUGUUUCUUAAUCUAACCUCAUGAGAAAUCUGAGAAAGUCGUAAGAUAAGAUACAACUUCUAACCUCAAACAUAUCCCUAUCCUUAAUCUUACCCACGUAUCUUUUCAUACCACAUACGAAUUGGCAAGCGAGACCUUUUAUUGUUGUCUAAUGGCAUUUUGUUUUGUAGAACCGCUAAGAUUAUUGUAUGAAUAGUGCAAGUCGUUUCGCUAUGUAUUGAAAAUGCUUGCGUUUGCAAUGGCUUCGUGCUUGUACAUACAGCAAUGCUGUUAUGACUUACAUUUGACAUUUUGACUCUAGUAGCUGAAGGAACCAACGAUGGAAAAAACCCUACAAAUAUUUUUAUUUCGUCUCAGCUUUAUCUGUAAAGGUCUGGACCUUUAAUUAGGGUUGCCAGGUCUGCAUAAUAUAACCAGUCCAAUUUAUUCAACUCCAAAAUAUUUAUAAAAGUAACCUCUAUUUGGCUUCUACCUAUUAAUCUAAAUAUGCAAAAUGCCCAACCUGUGGACCUGGCAACCCUGGCUUCUAUAAUCUCUGAAUGUUGGGGAAUUUUACUUAAUGUACAUGUAAGUGUAAAAUAUAUGUUUUUUGGGGGGGUUGGGAGCUUCAUGUGAUGUCUGUGGCUUAUUACUGUAAUAUUGUAAUGCAGCAUAAUUCUGUCGUUAAGGUACAACGCAUAUAAGCCCGGAUGCUCUUUACUCAUACUUUCCUCUAUUCUAACUCAUCAUGGUGCUUGCUAACAUAUGUAACUUCUGAACAAUAAAAGCACGGCUAACUAUGAAUGAGUUGUGUCCACUUGCAUUACGUUUAUUCGUAUGGAUGUCCUAGGACAAUCAUGCCUAUCCUUCCAAACCGCAAUUUCUGUGCGCCAUUAUCAAGGAACGGAGACGCUGACAAUAAGAGAAGCAUUGGUACAUGAUAAAAUGAAACUUAGCCAGCGAUUAGGGAUGGGUGUA